CCUCGCGCCGUCACAUCAGGGUUUUCCGUCGGUCUGCGCGGAUUUGGUGGACUUAUUUAUUUAAUUACUCGUUAUAUAAUACACACCGACUUUAAAGACACACACUCGCACACACUGGUCGUCCUCAGCCGACUAGCGCACCCAAUGCACUCGCCCUCCUGACAGACUUGAAGUGACAGUGCUGACCUGGAUACAUCCGCUGAGCCCGUGUCCCGCGCUGAGGAAGGCCUCUCCGAGCAGACGGACCCACGGAGACGCGAGCGGACAGACAGCGGUGUCAGCAGCCCAUCAGCAGCCUGCGCCUCGAGGAGCAACAGCAGCAGCAUCCAACACUGCACCCACGCCAUCCUCCCCCAUCCUCCCCCAUCCUCCUCCUCCUCCUUGUCACGUCUGACAUGGCAGACCCCAGCCUCACGUCGCCCACUGGGACGCCGCUGCGCUCCCCCAACACCUCUCUCACCCUGUCCUUCCCCUUCCUGAGGGAGAGGAGCCGGGUAUGGGAGGAAGGGAAGGAGCAGCCGCUGCCGAGGGAUCUGCCCAGCCCGUUACCAACCAAACGCACCCGCACCUACUCAGCUACGGUACGUGCUCACUCAGGUCCAGUGUUUAAGGGAGUGUGUAAGAACUUCUCCAGGUCACAAGGUCACGGCUUCAUCCGGCCCUCCCACGGCGGCGAAGACAUCUUUGUUCACAUCUCAGACAUCGAGGGGGAGUACGUCCCGGUCGAGGGCGAUGAGGUCACGUACAAAGUGAGCCGGGUCCCGCCUAAGAACCUGAAGGUGCAGGCGGUGGAGGUGAAGAUCACACAUCUCAACCCAGGGACGAAACACGAGACCUGGUCUGGGCAGAUCAUCAGCUCGUAGGCCCGAGCUCCGGGGCCUGGUGCUGGUGCUGGUUCUGGUGCUGGUGCUGGUGCUGGUGCUGGGUGGGGUGGGGGGGGGGGGGUGCCAUUUACAUUCUGUGCUCAAAUCAUUUUUUUAAAGAAAAAAACAAAACAAAACAAAACAUGUUUUACCUGCACAGCAAAGUUUCCAGAGUUAUAAAGUGUGAACAGUUCAGUUAAAGUUGACAGUUUGUCCACUCACAGAGCUGUUGGACUCUGUUUAAACCUGAGUGUCUGCUACGCUGACGAAUUUGCUGUGUAUAUAAAACUGACCAUUUUUUCUCAUUGUUUUGAGAGGACACAUUUGUUUUAUUUUAUUUUUCCUUCAUGUUUUUGUCACAAAAGCAGUGAUGGAAGUCAUAUUUGAGGUGGGAGGAUGACGUGACCAGGAAAAGCUUGUAGGUCUCAUUUCAGCUGUGUAAGACGUGAAAGCGGAAACGUAACCGUGGUGCAGCUCUGCACAGCGAGGCAUGACAGCUGAGAGUCAUGAUGUCCAAGGAAGAGAGCAGCAUAGGACAAAAGGCUGAAUUCAGUUUUACUUCCCUUCUUUGCAGCUGUUGUGCACUUGUUUACUUCACCAAAAGUUCCAGCAUCACAUGUUGAGUGCAAGUGUGGGUCAGACGUUAUCAUGUUGCAUCUUUGGAGAGAAAACUUUGAAUUCAACAGUGGAGUAAUGGACAUAGAAGUAGGUAGUUUUGGGAAAAGGAAAUCAAAAAGAUUUAAAUGAUUGUUUUGGUGAGUGAAAGAAAGUUUAAAGGGCAGGUCGACAAUCCUUUGAGUUGCAAAUCGCAGCUGGUUUUGCAUUAAAAUCUGAUUGAAUCAAAUCAAACAACUUCAAAUCUAUACAGUCUAAAAGUAUAUUACAUCAUUCUGUGUUUGCAGCCACGGACCGGAUGUCUCAUGACCCUUGAGAGACCCUUUUGGGUUUUUGGUCCCGAGUUUGAAAGAAAUGACAAAAAGAGGAAGUCCUAUUUUGAAAUGGAAAGGGGAACCGAAGGCUGGAGUCACUUAGAAAAAAGCAUGACGGGAGAUCAGGACGAAAGAAGGCAGAUCACAUUCAACCAAGUAUGGACAAAAUCAUAAAGAAAAUGUAUUUUGCCGUAAAAAAUGCAUAUCCUUGUUUUCACACUGUCUUGUUUGUGGGUAUUUAUUUGAAUAAUUUAUUGGAUGAUUCUUUUCGUUAGAUUAGCGUGUGUCCACAGAUCAAGAUCUAUAUUUUCUUGGGUAGUGGAGUCGAAACUUGCACUUCAGAAAAAUCAAAACUGUCAGGUUUCUCUCAAGUUUGACGGCUCCUGUUUUGAAAGCAUCUGGAGCCAUGAAUAUGAACCUAUUUCUAAAUCUGUUUUUCUAUAAUUAGAGGAAAAGAAACAUGUGUCUGUGUGUGAUUUAUUGAGCGUAGUCCGCGUGAUGGUGAACUACAUGACUUCAUGGUUGGUGCCAAUAGUGAUCAUUGUCACAGAAAUGUUGUUUGUAGUUUAUUCGGGUUUUGCUCAGUUAUGUACUGUACUGUAUGUCAUUUUCUAUUACGUCUGUUCCACUGAGUCUCUGUGCAUCUCGUCUCUCUGUCAGUGUCACUGCCUGAAUUUGUUCGACAUUAAAUUCUGUUUAUUUCUGUCACAACGAAGGACACUCUCUUUUGUGGACGAGCCACUGUGGUGGUGAUCCACAUUGUUACUUCUACUCAGCCUUGAAAGAACAAAUAAAACAUUUUAUGAUU